AUGUGGUUGUCAGCCUUAGGUAGAUUACCGUCCGCGCCCAAGAAGGGCUCCAAGAAAACCGUCCCCAAGACCGCCGGCAAAGGAGGCAAGAAGCGCAGAAAGGCCAGGAAGGAGAGCUACGCUAUCUACGUGUACAAGGUCCUGAAACAGAUCCACCCUGAUACCGGGAUCUCCUCCAAGGCUAUGGGCAUCAUGAACUCCUUCGUCAACGACAUUUUCGAGCGUAUCGCUGGUGAGUCCUCUCGUCUGACUCACUACAACAAGCGCUCCACCAUUACCUCCAGGGAGAUCCAGACCGCCGUGCGCCUGCUGCUUCCCGGUGAGCUGGCCAAGCACGCCGUGUCCGAGGGUACCAAGGCCGUCACCAAGUACACCAGCUCCAAGUAA